GCCAAAGAGCAUCAAUCUUCAUUCUUCAGAAAUCAGAGUUCAUAACCUCGAACCUUCAUAUUUAAAAGUUUUUAAAUUAUAAUACAUGAAUUAUGGUUCUAAAUUAAUAUAUCGUUAGUACCUACUCUUUUAAAUCAUUGUUCCGAUUUCUUUCGUUCGCCAUUCCAGUAAUAAAAGUAAACAAUAGCCAUAGUCAAAUAAUAUUUAAUAAGAUUGUAAUACUAAAAUAUUAUGAUAUAAUAUAUAUUAUAAAGUGUACCUACUUUAAAAAAGGAUGGCUACCUGUAGUGAACAGUUUAUUAAAGAUGAGCUCAAUGUUAAAAUUGAGAAUACAGAACAGGAACUAUCAGGAAAACAUCAAAGUGUUUUGGACACACAUCUAAUUAACGUAACUAAUAACAACAAACAAGACGAACUGUCUCUUAAAGAAGAGUGUAAAGAGGAAUUACAUGAGGCGGAGCAAGAGUUGUCAGGUUUCUCCGCAGACUGUCAGAUAGAAGCGACAGCAGAUGAACAGUUAGAUGAUAAUGUAUCAGUCAACCAGCUCUGUAGUGAACAGCUCAGGGACAGCUUAGUGGAAUUGGAGAGUAAUGUUAAAACAAAAACAGUGAGAAAAAAGGAAGAAAGGAAUAAAAUGGUACAUGGCGAUAAAAUCAACAGUAAAGAUAUUAAUAUAAAAUGUAUAAAACGAAAUAUUAUUAAAGAUCAAAAACGACAAAGUAAGUUGCUUAAAACAAUAGUUCCGCGCAGAAGUUGCAUUCAAGAAGACAACUCCGAACUUUCUGAAAACAAUAACGAGAAAAAUACAAAUACAGAAUUUAAAAGUUGUGAUAAGUUUUCUGAACUGCACAAUAUCCAGGCCAACACAAAUAACAAAGACAUUCGAGACCAGUCGUUGAUCGUCGAUGAUUUACAAACUGGUAAAAAAUUGUAUUCAUGUGAGAUAUGUGGUAAAAGUUUCAAUGUUAACAGUAAUUUGAAGAGACAUACAUACAUACAUAAAAGUGAAAAGCCAUAUUCGUGUAAUAUUUGUGGUAAGAGUUUUAAUGAUUUAUAUACUUUGAAAAAUCAUGACAUAAUACAUACAGAGGAAAAGUCGUAUUCGUGUACUGUGUGUGGUAAGAAUUUCCAUCAAUCUAUUGCAUUGAAGAGACAUAAUACAAUACACACAAGGGAAAAGGCCUGUAUAUGUAAAGUUUGUGGUAAAAUAUGCAAUAGUUCUGAUAAAUUGAAAGUUCACAAUAGAAUACAUACUGGUGAAAAACCAUAUGCAUGUUAUGUAUGUGGUAGGAGUUUCAGUAGUUCUGGCAAUUUGCAAAGACAUCAUAAAGUUCAUACCGGUGAAAAGCCAUAUUCGUGUUCUGUGUGUGGUAAUCAUUUUAAUGAUCUAUCUAUUUUAAAGAAACAUAAUAGAAUACAUACUGGUGAAAAACCGUACACGUGUUCUGUGUGUGGCAAGAGUUUCCGUCAAUCUUGUAAUUUAAAAAAACAUAAUACAAUACAUACAGGUGAAAAAAAACAUAAAUGUAAUUUGUGUGGUAGGAGCUUCAAUAAUUCUUAUAAUUUAAAUUUACAUAGUAGAACACAUACUGGCGAAAAGCCGUGUUCAUGUAACAUUUGUGGUAAAAGUUUCAAUCAUUCUGGCAAUUUGAAAAGACAUAUAACCAUACAUACCGAGGAAAAAUCAUAUACAUGUAAUUUAUGUGAUACAAGUUUCAAUAGUUCUGAUAAAUUAAAUGUACAUAUUAGGAUACAUACUGGUGAAAAGCCGUUUUCAUGUAGUGUAUGCGGAAAGAGUUUCAAUCGAUUUGCUGAUUUGAAAAGACAUAAUUUUAUCCAUACUGGUGAAAAACUAUAUUCAUGUAAUAUUUGUAGUAAGAGUUUCAAUCAUUCUGGCAAUUUGAAAAGACAUAUAACCAUACAUACUGAGGAAAAAUCAUAUGCAUGUAAUUUAUGUGGUAAGAGUUUUCAUAGUCCUGGUAAUUUGAAUGAACAUGCAAGAAUACAUACUGGUGAAAAGCCAUUUACAUGUAAUAUAUGUGGCAAGACUUUCAGUCAAUCGAGUAAUUUGAAGAGACAUCAUACACUACAUUCUAGUUAAAAUCUCUAUUUAUGCAAUGAAGCUCAAUGGCAUGAAGUUUCUUAAAUUAUUGUGUUUUUUAAAAGACACAUAAGGUCAGAAAUAAAAUCGAAAUGUGUGGUGGGACACAUAGUAGAAGUGAAACUCCAACGGACAAAGUUUUAAAAAUAGUCCUGCAUAGUUUAGUAUGAUAUACGUUAUAUCAUAGUAAUGGUAAUUAGGAAUAAAAUUUUGAACUUGAAUUGGGAUAGCGCUUUAAAUAAUUUUUAUCUACACCCAUGAUUUAAAUCCUCUAUUAAAGAUUCUGAAACAGUUAGCUUAUUACCAACAUUAAAACACCCAAUGUCGUAAUAACCAUUACACCAUCCAAACGAGUGUUGUAAUGUUCUACUGAAUUUCAUAACAACACUCCUUGGUUUUUUUUAUCGAUCCCUUCAUGCGCAAAGAGUUUCAACAAACAGCCACAUUCUUAUUGCUCGAUGCGUGAUAUUUGUAUGAAUUUCAAAAAAAGAACAUUUUCGGUUACGCGCUUUCCACACUACCAGAACGUGGCACGCAGUAAAAAAAAGUAGGUUAUUCGAAUACCCGCCAUUUUUCUUGAAAAAAUGAGGGAUUCAAGUUUUGACAGCACACGGCCGGAUAUUUUAAACGCCGUAAAAGAACAUAAUAUUUAAGUGAAUUUUAAUAAUUGCACUAUACAAAAUGUUAAUUACUAAUAAAAUAAAUAAUUAUUUCAUUUGGAUGAUAUUAGGUUACUACUAGGACUGGCUGUUUUAUCUAGCAGUAAGCUAACUGAUUCAGAAUCUUUUUGAGGAUUCAUAUUCUGGGUGUAGAUAAAGUCUUGUAUGUAACUGUUGAUAAUUAGGUAUUAAAACACUCAUGUGAUACUAUUACCACACUCGGCUUAGCCUCAUGUGAUAAUUCAUUCGUGUUUUAAUACCCCUUAUUACACAACAGUUGCAUAAAUUACAUUUUUCUCUCUGCCUAAUUGUACUCAUUAAUUUCAGUGGGUUUCUUGUUGACUGUUAUGAUAUUGAAUAUAAUUUGGGGAUAUACAUUUUAGUGACUAUUGAAUAUAAUUGUUAUAGUAAUAAGUGUAACAAAGUGUAAAAAAAAUGUGUAAAAAAUGUCAAUAUACGUUCCGUGUUCUAUUA